CUGGCGCAUGUCUAAAAUAUUAACUCUGUCAUACUAACUGCUUCCUGUGAAUUGCUGUAGAUUUGUGAUUUAGCUGAGGGAGACGAUUGGCCUUAAUUUCACCUUUUGAGAAUGGCCAGCUCUGUGGCUGCAACUGCCCGGCCCCGUCGGAAAGUACAAAGACUUGGGUCCAUAUAUGAACCUCUCAAGCUGUCCAGUCUCCAUAUUGAGGAUGAGCCCUUAUGGGAUAAGUUAGACCACUACUACAAUGCAGUCAAGGAAACCAUUCUGUACUACCAGAGUCCCACCACAGGGCUUUUUCCAGUCAAGACAUGCUCCACCUGCAAGGACGCCAAAGUCCGGGACUGCCUGUAUUGUGCUGCUGGUGUCUGGGCCCUGGCCUUGGCCUACCGGCGCAUUGAUGACAAUAUGGGGCGUACCCAUGAGCUGGAGCACUCAGCUAUCAAAUGCAUGAGGGGGAUUCUCUACUGCUACAUGAGACAGUCUGAUAAGGUGGAGCAGUUUAAACAGGAUCCCAACCCCGCCAAGUGUCUGCACUCAGUGUUCAAUGUGGACACCGGUGACGAGGUCCACGGCUACGGAGAAUACAACCACCUGCAGAUCGAUGCUGUUUCUCUGUUUCUGCUCUACCUGGUGGAGAUGAUCUGCUCUGGUCUGCAGAUCAUUUACAACACUGAUGAGGUUUCCUUCAUCCAGAACUUGGUGUUCUGUGUGGAGAGAGCCUACAGGGUGCCUGACUUCGGCAUGUGGGAGAGAGGCAGCAAAUACAACAACGGCAGCACAGAGCUGCAUUCCAGCUCCGUUGGCCUGGCUAAAGCUGCUCUGGAGGCCAUCAAUGGAUUUAACCUGUUUGGAAACCAGGGCUGUUCAUGGUCAGUGAUAUUUGUGGAUCUGGACGCCCACAACAGAAACAGGCAAACCCUCUGCUCCCUACUGCCCCGAGAGUCACGCUCCCAUAACACAGAUGCUGCCUUGCUUCCAACCAUCAGCUAUCCUGCGUUUGCAGUGGACGAUGACGCCCUCUACACUCAGACACUUGACAAGAUUGUCCGCAAGCUGCGGGGCAAAUAUGGCUUCAAGCGCUUCCUCCGUGAUGGCUACCGCACCGCAAAUGAAGACAAGAAUCGCCGCUAUUACAAACCUGCAGAAAUGAAGCUUUUUGAUGGGAUCGAGUGCGAGUUUCCCAUGUUUUUCAUCUACAUGAUGAUUGACGGUGUGUUCAGAGGAAAUAAGGCUCAGGUCAAAGAAUACCAGGAACUUCUUGAACCCGUCAUCUUCCAGUCUUUUGACGGCCACCCUGUGAUCCCUAAAUACUACCACGUACCAGCUGACUUUGUGGAGGCGGAGCAGAACAAGCAUGGAAGCCAGAAGCGUUUCCCUAGUAACUCUGGUCGAGAUGGGCAGUACUUCCUGUGGGGUCAGGCCCUUUACAACAUCGCCAAGCUGCUGGUGGAUGAGUUGAUCAGCCCUAAAGAUAUUGAUCCCAUCCAUCGUUAUGUGCCUCGCCAGGACCAGCGCAACGUCAGCAUGCGAUACUCCAAUCUGGGCCCCAUAGAGAAUGAUGUUGUGAUUCACACGUGCCUGAUCGCUGAGAGCCAGAGACUCCAGGUCUUCCUGAACACCUACGGCAUUCAGACCCAGACGCCCCAACAGGUGGAGCCCAUCCAAAUCUGGCCUCAGAAGGAACUGGUCAAGGCGUACCGUUUCCUCGCCGUCAACAAGAAGCUGGGGUUGAGUGGGCGUCCAGAUAGGCCAGUUGGCUGCAUCGGGACCUGCAAGAUUUAUCGUAUCCUGGGCAAGACGGUGGUGUGCUACCCAAUAGUGUUUGAUCUAAGUGACUUUUACUUGUCCCAAGAUGUCAUGCUGCUGAUCGAUGACAUUAAGAACGCCCUGCAGUUCAUCAAACAUAGCUGGAAGAUGCAGGGACGUCCUCUCUUCCUGGUUCUCAUCCGCGAGGAUAACAUCAAGGGAAGCCGCUUCAACCCAGUCUUGGACAUGCUCGCAUCGAUCAAGAAAGGCAACAUCGGAGGGGUCAAAGUUCAUGCGGACAGGCUUCAGACCCUGAUAUCUGGAGCCAUGGUGGAGCAGUUGGACUUCCUACGUGUCAAUGAAGCAGAGAUCCCAGAGUUUAAGAGCUUUGAGGAGCUGGAGAUGCCAAAGCACUCCAAGGUGAAGCGACAGAUGAGUACGCCCAAUGCAUCUGACCUGGAGCAGCAGCCAGAGAUCAGUGUGGAGGAAUGGCAGAAAAAACCCACCUUUGAGAUCAUGCAGAAGUUCCAUGACUGUAACUGCCUGGCCAGUCAGGCUCAGCUCGCAAGUAUCCUUAUCAAGAGAGAAGGACCAGACUUCCUUGCCAAAGAUGAGAACAUGAAUGAAGAGCUGGAGAGAAUCUACAGAAGCGCUGGCAGCAGAAAGCUUUGGUCUGUUGUCCGACUUGCCGCCAGUCUAUUAACUAAGCUAGUGGACAGCCUUGCCCCCAGUAUUACUAGUGUUUUAGUGCAUAGCAAGCAGGUGACUCUGGGUCUAUUUGGUCAUGAGGAGGAGGUGAUUUCCAAUCCACUGUCGCCAGGCGUGAUCCAAGGCAUCAUCUACGGAAAGUGCUCACCUCACGGUGGGGAGCGAGAGGCUGUUCUUCAGCAGGAGCUAGUCAUCCAUAUCGGAUGGAUUAUCUCCAACAACCCUGAGCUGUUCAGCGGCAUGCUCAAGAUCAGAGUCGGAUGGAUUGUCCAGGCCAUGAAACAUGAGCUGAAGAUCCGGGCAGGAGACAUGCCACCACAGGACAUCUACCAAAUGUCCCCCGGCGACAUCAAGCAGCUCCUGCUGGAUGUCCUACAGCCGCAGCACCACGGCAGGCCUUGGCUGAACAGGCGUCAGAUCGAUGGGUCUCUGAACAGGACUCCUCUUGGCUUUUAUGAUCGUGUUUGGCAGAUCCUGGAGAGGACCCCCAAGGGUAUAAUGGUGGCUGGGACUCACCUCCCACAGCAACCUACAUUGUCUGACAUGACCAUGUACGAGAUGAACUUCUCCCUGCUGGUGGAGGACACAAUGAAGAACAUUGUCCUUCCUGAGUACAGACAAAUCAUAGUGGAGUUGCUGAUGGUGGUGUCCAUAAUGCUGGAGAGAAACCCAGAGCUGGAAUUCAACGACAAGGUGGAUCUGGACACUCUGGUCAAGGCAGCUUUCAAUGAUUUCCAGAGAGAUCGCAGUCACUUUGAAGGCAUAGAGAAACAGGAUGACAUGCAGGCAUUUUACAACACACCACCAGUGGGACAGAGAGGCACCUCUAGCUACCUGACCAAGGCUGUUAUGAUCCUGUUGCUGCAGGGAAAUGUGAAGGUCUGCAAGGACGACCCAUGCACUGUUAGCUAGAUUUACAACACUUUGACCCCUAAUCCCAACCCACUGCAGUGUAGUCAUCAAAUGCCCCGCAAGGACUAUUAAGUUUCCAUCAAAUGCAUUGAGGAGAUAACCUCUAACCUCUCCAGUUUUCCUUCAGCACCACUCUGCUCACUCCUACAAGCUGCAGUACACUUUCACUGUGACAUUUGCCUCGGCAACAGCAGAGGUUGUUACAAUUUAUAAGUUACUAUUUUAUGCCCUUCUUCUCCGCAGGUUAUUUUAAGGGUUAAUAUACUGUGCAUCCAACAAUUAUGUUUAACUCAGUAGCACUGAGAACCUUGCUUCUCUAAACAUCUUCUUUUUUUUGCCAGAGUUCAGUCUCCAAGCUGUGUUGUGUAUUCAAAAGGUUUUAAUAGUGCUGUUACUGAUAAUAUGGCAGGUGAAAAUGUCACUUACCUCAAUACUGUUACCUUCCUGUACUUCUCACAUUUUACCUACCACUGUCAAAAUGAAAACUAAGUGAAGAGAAAAAUUACAAAAAUGAUCAUUAAGAUUGAUACCACUUGGUUAUCUGUAUGCUUAAUGUAAAACUACAGCCAUUAGAGAGUUAGUUUAGCUUGGCUUAGCAGAGACUGAAAAUAGGGGAAACCGACUAGCUUACCAGCACCUUUGAAUUUCACUAAAUAACAAGUUAGUAUUCACAAGUCUCUGCCUGGCAAUAUGAACUCGGUAAAAAUAGAAACUGUUUUUAAACUUAGGUGUUUAUACAGAUUAAACCUACAAAAUAAAACAUGCUACUUAAUGAGCUUUAGAGGUUCUGGUAGCUAGUUUUUGUGCAACUUUGGACGAAGUUAAGCUAGCUUUUUUCCCAGUUCCAUCCUUAAUGUUAACCUAAGCUAACUGUCAGCUAGCUUUAUAUUUAGCCUACUGUACAGACAUUUGAGUGUUAUCAAUCUUCUCAUCUCAGCUCUAUAAGAUAUGUAAAUUAUCAUACUGGUAUAUUCCCAACAUUUCUCAAACUAUCUCUUUAAUUUUUGGUUUUUCGUACAAAUCAAAUUUAGAUGUUCUUUACCAUGACUACCAGACAUUUUUAAAUAAUACCAUUCAACCCCAACUCUGAAAAAUAAAGCAGGCUUAGAAGUACAGUGAAGGGUCAAAUUAUGAGAGACGUGGUUCUCAGAUUGAUGCAUUUGGUUCCCAGGAGCUUUAUAACCAGAUAUAGAAAAAAUAAGUAUUUCAAUCCACUGAUAUAAAAUGAUGAAUCUCUGAGCAUUAGAAGGUUUGAAAGCCACUGCAC